AUGGUAAUAGCUCGCUGUUUGUCACGCAGCAUAUUUAAGAGCAAGGUAAAGGAAGUGCUGGCCAGAAAAUCAGUACCAAUAAGACAGGCAGUACCAGUAAGACAGGCAGUACCAGUAAGACAGACAGUACCAGUAAGACAGACAGUACCAGUAAGACAGACAGUACCAGUAACACAGACAGUACCAGUAACACAGACAGUACCAGUAACACAGACAGUACCAGUAACACAGACAGUACCAGUAAGACAGGCAGUAACAGUAACACAGGCAGUAUCAGUAACACAGGCAGUAUCAGUAACACAGGCAGUACCAGUAAGACAGGCAGUAACAGUAACACAGGCAGUAACAGUAACACAGGCAGUACCAGUAACACAGGCAGUACCAGUAAGACAGGCAGUAACAGUAACACAGGCAGUAUCAGUAACACAGGCAGUACCAGUAACACAGGCAGUACCAGUAAGACAGGCAGUAACAGUAACACAGGCAGUAACAGUAACACAGGCAGUAUCAGUAACACAGGCAGUACCAGUAACACAGGCAGUACCAGUAACACAGGCAGUACCAGUAACACAGGCAGUAUCAGUAACACAGACAGUACCAGUAACACAGACAGUACCAGUAAGACAGACAGUACCAGUAACACAGGCAGUACCAGUAAGACAGGCAGUAACAGUAACACAGGCAGUACCAGGAACACAGGCAGUACCAAUAAGACAGGCAGUACCAGUAACACAGGCAGUACCAAUAAGACAGGCAGUACCAAUAAGACAGGCAGUACCAAUAAGACAGGCAGUACCAAUAAGACAGGCAGUACCAGUAACACAGGCAGUACCAAUAAGACAGGCAGUACCAGUAACACAGGCAGUACCAGUAAGACAGACAGUACCAGUAACACAGGCAGUACCAGUAACACAGGCAGUACCAGUAACACAGGCAGUACCAGUAACACAGGCAGUACCAAUAAGACAGGCAGUACCAGUAACACAGGCAGUACCAGUAACACAGGCAGUACCAAUAACACAGGCAGUACCAGUAACACAGGCAGUACCAAUAAGACAGGCAGUGCUGUUAAAUAAAAAGGCAGAACGGGUUUCAGUCAAUACCGGUUGA